ACUGUUAGACUUGAUUUUUUUGUUUUUUUUAUUUAUAUCUUUUUCUGAUUAUGUCUGAUCAACAUAAAUCUUCUAGUAUAUAUUCAUUUUUAAAAUGCAUUCUGGUUUUGUUAUUUGGCUUUUUUGCAGGAUUCGCAGGCCUGAGAUUUGUGUAUAUUGCAGCAGGAAUACUGAUGUGGGUUUGGUAUUGCUACAAGAAGCAUAGUACCCAACCCUCACCAGUAAAGCCUCAGGACAAUGCAAAGGAACAGACUAAGGCCCCACAAAAAGUCCCAGACGAACAGUUUGAGAGGGUCAAGUCCCUGAAUGUGAUUGUGGAGAGUAUGUGGCCUUAUGUUACCAAAUAUGUGGAAAAGUUUCUUCGAUGGAGGAUUCAGCCCCUUAUACGGUCACGCUUCAGAUAUCUGACCAAUUUCCACUUCUUUGACAUUGAUUUUGGCAAGAAUGUUCCACAGGUCACUCAUAUGAGAGUCCAAUCAGAUCCAGAGAAUAAGCUUAUUAUUGUGGAUCUCCAAGUGAGGUAAAUAUUGUCUUGUUCCUAUACUGUGUAUAACUCUCUCUUUAAUAUUUCUUCCCUAGUCACUGACCAUUUGCUCCUAUUUAAUAGCUAUAAUGCAGCAGUAAAGGUGGAUGUCGGAUUCUCUGAUCAUGCUGUUAUAGCCGGAGUGAAUAGAAUAAAGGUGAGUUAUGCUGCAGCCUUCUACUGUAUGUGCCUAUAUUUUUAUUGAACAUAUAAUCAACCUUAUCUCUUUUCUCACAGCUUGAGGGAAUAUUAAAAAUAGUUCUUGCCCCACUGAUACCAGAUGUGCCCUUCACUGGAGCAGUGACCCUCUAUUUCCCUCAUCGACCGGUGUUGAAUUUACGCUGGACAGGAAUUACCAACCUUCUUAAUAUUCCUGGUCUUCAAACUUUGACAGAAAGAAUGAUUUUGGACCAAAUAGCAAAUUUCAUGGUUUCACCAAAAUACUACACCCAGCCCUUGGUAGCCAACUUUAAUAUAAUGGAACUGCCCUUCGCAGAGCCCAGGAACGCACUUCGUAUCCAUGUGUUAGGAGCCAGGAAUCUUGUUGCCAAUGACUUUUUCUCAAAGAAGUCAGACCCUUAUGUUAUUGUUCGUGGAGGUGGUACAAUUGUAAAAACAAGGGUGAUAUCUAAGAACCUGAACCCACAGUGGAACCAGACCUUUGAGAUAUUAUUCUCAGUCUUACCAAUGCAGGAGAUUGAAUUUGAGGUUUUGGACAAAGAUGUGGACAGAGAUCAUCCACUGGGCAGCUGUAAAAUUGCUGUUUCCCAUGUCCUAAAGAAGAAAUGCCUUGAUAAGUGGCUCCGUUUGGAGAAUGUGGAGUCUGGGGAGCUCCAUAUCAAGGUGGAAACUCUCAGACUUCUUUCAGACUCUGCCAGACUGAAGAAGGUGUUAAAGCUGAACAAAACAUUGAAAUCCCCCAAGAACGAGGAGUUAUCAUCAGUUGUUCUCUACACUUAUAUCGAAAGAGCCAGCUGUCUGCCAGUAAUAAAGCCGAAGAAAAGCAAAUUGAACCCACUGGCCACAGUGGACGUUGUUGUCGGAGAUACGGUAAAGAGGACUGGGGCCCAAAUAAAUACUGGAGAGCCAGAGUGGAAGGAGAGAUUACAAUUCCUAUUAAAGAACCCACUGCAUGAGAAAGUGAAGCUAAUGGCAAGAAAUCAGCGCAAUCUGCUUCUGGGAAGUUUCUCUGUGCCCCUGUCUAACCUCAUCGCUGCUAAGGACAUGACCAUGGAGGGCUGGUUCCCUCUUGAGUCCAAAGAAAAGAACAGCAAGAUUAAGCUGAAGCUGCAGCUGAGGAUUUUGGCCCCUCGCACUUUUCGUGUGAAGCCACAGCAACAGUAAGAAGUUAGAACCUAAACCCACCAGAAGAAGCCCAGGGUUCAAUCGUCCCAAAGGAAAAGCAAGUCAAGUUAUCCAAGUCAAAUCCUGGCCCAAAGUCUCCAAGCUCUGAUGCCAGAAUUUGCUGCUACUUUUGGCAAGAAUUAAGAUCGUUAUAACAUGACAAGGCAAACUUUGCUAAGCUUCUCAGAACUUACAGCGGCCUGUUAGGUGUUUGCAUUGUUAAAAACCUGGCAAAGACGUUUGGCCUCGGAUUACAUGAAGGAGGAGGAAGAGGAGGAUUAAAUAGGAGGAAGGAAGAUUAAUAAGAAGGAGGAA